CGGAUCUGCCUGGUCUAACGCAUUGUGCCAACCUGGAGCCGCCAGAAUCAGCCGAUACAGUCGCUUUAUCACCUGAAUUGCCCAACUCUAUCUGCAACCUUCAAGAAGUGACACGUUUUGCUAUCGGAGCUUUAGUCGCGAGUGAAAUCGGCAAUCUUUUCUCUGCGGACUGCGACAGAAAAUGGGGAUAUGAAGUUAUUCGGGAAUUCAGUCAACAAAUUGCUCUUCCAGACAGAGCAAGAGGAUCAUUUCUCGUCAUGGCAAGUGGUCAGCUAGGUUAUGAGAUAGAUGGAAUUAUAACUACAAUACAAAAGGAUGAAGAACUUGAAAAGAAGUUUGAGCCACUGAUUCAGGAAGUACUUUCAUUGGGAAUUUCUAAUGGUCGUUAUGAUGCACGGUUUCGUGUACUGAUCUUUAAGUUAUCUACAUUAUUGGGAUUAGAGGAAGAAGCAGUUACUGCUGUUGAAACUAUUGUGAUGGAGAACUUUGAAGAGCAACAAGAAGAAGAGACAAGUGAGCAACGUGAAUCAAGACUGAAAAGGGAGAAACUUCAGAAACGGAAAAGAAAUAUACUUACUGGUGCUGCAGUGAUUGGAGGUGGAGCUCUUCUUGCUUUGACUGGAGGAUUGGCAGCUCCGCUUGUUGCAGCUGGAGUAGGAGCUGUUGUUGGAGGUACUGCAGCUGCUGCACUUGGAUCUGUUGUUGGACUUGCAGCCAUUACAUCAUUAUUUGGUGCAACAGGUGCUGGACUUGCAGGAUACAAGAUGAGAAGGCGUGUUGGUGGAGUUCGGGAGUUCACGUUCAGGCCAUUAUCAGAAAAUAGGCACUUGCAUAUUACUAUAGCAGUGACGGGAUGGAUAGCUAAGGAAGACAAAGAGAGCUUUUUGUCUCCAUGGAGAGCACUGAAUCAUUCACCAGAGCAGUACACUCUCCAAUGGGAGUCAGAUCACUUGAAAAACCUUGGGUCUGUUUUGUCUGACUUUGUAACAAGCACUGUGACUGGCACCGUUACAUCAGAAGUGCUAAAGCAUUCUGUUUUAUCAUCUCUCAUGGCUGCAAUUGCUUGGCCUGCUGCUCUACUGAAGGUUGCUGAUGUUAUUGACAAUCCUUGGAAUGUAUGUGCUAAUCGUGCAAAACAAUGUGGCCACUUGCUGGCUGAUAUUCUUUUGUCAAGAAGACAAGGCCAUCGUCCUGUUACCUUGAUUGGGUUCAGCUUAGGUGCAAGAGUUAUCUUUUAUUGUUUGACUGAGAUGGCAAGAAGGCCUGACUGUCAAGGAAUUGUUCAGGAUGCUGUGCUACUGGGUGCACCGGUGAGUGGAAGUGCGGAUGCAUGGGCUCCUUUGACAAAAGUCGUCGCUGGUCGUUUGGUCAAUGCGUACACGAGAUCCGAUUGGUUGUUGAAGUUUUUGUAUCGUACAGCAUCAGUUCAAGGCGACAUAGCAGGUCUUAUGCCUAUUGAGCUAGAUCAUCGAGUUAUGUGUAAUGUUGAUUUGACUGGCAAGGUUGAUGGUCAUAAAAGUUAUCGAAAGCAACUCACAUUUAUUUUAAACCUUUGUGGAGUGAAAUGUCGAGAUGUAGAAACAAGUGAAGUUAACUCAACUGAAACUUUGUGUGUUGGCGAUGAGGAGGAAACCAUCCAAGAUAGACACAGAGAGGAACACAAGGACGAUACAGAUCUAGAAUUCUGUACUUCUGCGCCUGACAGACUAAAAUAGUGCGAGUAAUUAUAGUGAUAAUGAUGAUGUUUGAUAACGAAAUAGAGUUUUUUAUUACCA